AUGGCCGACAUUCAAGCUGAAAAGGCAUUCCAACAGCAGGAGGUUGUUUUCUCCAAGACUUUCCAGUCCAAGGCUGCCAAGGGUGGUGAGGGAAUCAGAUUCUACAAGUCCAUUGGUCUUGGCUACAGAAUCCCAAAGGAGGCCAUCGAGGGUACCUACAUCGACAAGAAGUGCCCAUUCACCUCGAACGUCUCGAUCCGUGGAACCAUCCUCAAGGGUGUCGUCGUCUCGACCAAGAUGAGAAGAACCAUCAUCAUGCGCAGAGACUACCUCCACUACAUCAGAAAGUACAACCGUUUCGAGAAGAGACACUCCAACAUUGCUGCCCACGCCUCGCCAUGCUUCACCAUCAAGGACGGUGACAACGUCACCAUCGGUCAAUGCCGCCCACUCGCCAAGACCGUCAAGUUCAACGUCAUCAAGCACGACGCCGCUGGUGCCUCCAAGAAGCAAUUCAAGGCUUUCUAA